AUGAUGCACAUCGACCAGCACUUCCUGGACCUGGACCUGAUGUCGGUGGCCGACCUGCCCGACCCCUCCCGCCUCCCGGCCUCCGGCCAGCGUCACAGCUACCUCCUCCCUUCCGACCUCACCGGCUUCAUGUACGCCGAGCCCGGCGCCGACUUCUCCGCCAUCGCCCAGCUCCAGGCCGAGGCACUGAUGCACGGCGAUCUGCUGGCGCUGCUGGGCGGCGCGCCGGGUGCCACGGCCUCCUCCGGCCUCCCUGCCUCCUCCGUCUCCGCCUUGGUGCGCGGCAGCCUGAGCGACGGCACCUCGGGCUCCACCCACGCCACCGACUCGCACGGCGCCGACUGCCUGGCGGCCGCCGGCUCCAUGUUUGGCGAUCCGGCCGCCUCCGACGGCCCCGACCCUGAUUUUCUGUCGCGCUGA